UCCCCUGCAAUCUGUACACAAGAGAAGGAGGGAGAGAGAGGGAGAGAGGCAGACAGCAGGGGAUCAGGUAAGGCACGGGGGUCGCUGCAGCCAUUCAGCCUCAGGAACUGGGCAAUUGCCAAGGAUGCAGAAGGAAAUGAAGAUAGUCAAGGACGAAGACACGCAUUUCAACGUGGGCGUGAAGCGGGGCCCCUCUUUCCCGCACUGUCUGCAGCCAGCGGUCUCUCGAGGAAAAGCACCCCCAAGACACCCCUUCCCAGAAGCCCUUCGGGGCCCUUUCUCCCAGUUUCGCUAUGAACCUCCUCCCGGAGACCUAGACGGCUUCCCGGGGGCCUUUGAAGGGGGAGGGUCUCGGAAACGGAAGAGCAUGCCCACGAAGAUGCCGUGCGCCCCGACUGCCGAGGAAGGCAGCCAGGCCCCGCAGACCGACGACAGCAAACCCCAGGCCACCCCCAACCUCCAGCUGCUCUUCCCGCAGCCCCAGCGCCCCAAGUACGACUCUCAGAUGAUCGACCUGUGCAACGUGGGCUUCCAGUUCUACCGCACUCUGGAGCCCCUGGGGGGCAAGCCGGUGAAGCAGGAGCCGGUGAAGCCCAGCGCCGUGUGGCCCCAGCCCACGGCCCCACCCUUCCUGCCCAGCCCCUACCCCUACUACCCCAAAGUCCCCGCGGGCCUCCUGUUCCCCUUCUUCGUGCCCACGUCCUCCCCGUACCCCUUCGGCCGCCACGCCUUCCUGCCCAAGGCCGCGCCCGAGCCGCGUGCGCCCCGGCCGGCGGAGGCGCGCGAGAGCGAUGAGGCCAAGCAGAAGGUGGAGCGCGUGGACGUGAACGUGCAGAUCGACGACAGCUACUACGUGGACGUGGGCGGUGCGCAGAAGCGCUGGCAGUGCCCCACGUGCGAGAAGUCCUACACGUCCAAGUACAACCUGGUCACGCACAUCCUGGGCCACAGCGGCAUCAAGCCGCACGCCUGCGCGCGCUGCGGGAAGCUCUUCAAGCAGCUCAGCCACCUGCACACGCACAUGCUCACGCACCAGGGCACGCGGCCCCACAAGUGCCAGGUCUGCCACAAGGCCUUCACGCAGACCAGCCACCUGAAGCGCCACAUGAUGCAGCACAGCGAGGUGAAGCCACACAACUGCCGCGUGUGCGGCCGCGGCUUCGCCUACCCCAGCGAACUCAAGGCGCACGAGGCUAAGCACGCCAGCGGGCGCGACAACAUCUGCGUGGAGUGCGGCCUCGACUUCCCCACGCUGGCCCAGCUCAAGCGCCACCUCACCACGCACCGCGGCCCCAUCCAGUACAACUGCUCCGAGUGCGACAAGACCUUCCAGUAUCCCAGCCAGCUGCAGAACCACAUGAUGAAGCACAAGGACAUCCGGCCCUACAUCUGCUCCGAGUGCGGCAUGGAGUUCGUGCAGCCACACCACCUCAAGCAGCACUCGCUCACGCACAAGGGCGUGAAGGAGCACAAGUGUGGCAUCUGUGGGCGAGAGUUCACCCUGUUGGCAAACAUGAAGAGGCAUGUGCUGAUCCACACCAACAUCCGGGCCUACCAGUGUCACCUCUGCUACAAGAGCUUCGUACAGAAACAGACCCUCAAGGCGCACAUGAUCGUUCACUCGGACGUGAAGCCUUUCAAAUGCAAGCUGUGUGGAAAGGAGUUCAACCGCAUGCACAACCUCAUGGGCCACAUGCAUCUGCACUCUGACAGCAAACCCUUCAAAUGCCUCUACUGCCCCAGCAAGUUCACGCUGAAGGGCAACCUGACACGCCACAUGAAGGUCAAGCACGGUGUCAUGGAACGGGGCCUGCAUGCUCAAGGUUUUGGAAGGGGACGACUUGCCCUGGGACAGACGGGGGUCCUGAGGAGUCUAGAGCAGGAGGAGCCCUUCGACCUUUCCCAGAAGCGCCCAGGGAAGGGGCCAGCAUUCCAGUCUGAUCAGGAGAGCGCCAGGGGCAGCUCCUGCCAUGAGGAAGAAGAGGAGGAAGAUCACUGCUAUGACGUUGAACAGGAAGGCCUGGCCCUGGCGCCCCAGGGUCUGUCCGCCAAGGUUGAGCAGGCCCCCGGGGCACCUGGGGAAGCCAGCGAGGAGGAGAAGGAGGAUGAGCAGAAUGGAGGUCGGGAGAAGAGCAAGGACAGUGGUGGGGCAGAGGGCGGCCAGGAGGGAGACCUGGAUCCCAGGGAUGAAUCUGUCAGCCUCAGGCGCCUGCAGGACACCCGGAGGGGCCCCUCCUUCCCUGAUUAUUUGUACUUCAAGCACAGAGAUGAGAGUUUAAAAGAAUUACUGGAGAGGAAAAUGGAGAAGCAAGCAGUGCUUUUAGGUAUCUAAGUGGACAGUCUUAAAAUUACAUUUGGAAAAUGGGAAUGAGGCAGUGCAAAUACAGCUUUCUGCCCAAACUCGCCUUUGUUGGAUAGGAGUGAGUGAGCCUCUCGCCCUUGCAGAUGGCUCCGGUUAAGGUGCAGGGGUGGUCACCAGCAAUGUAGAAGCUUCUCCCUUCAUUCCUGGGGCCCUUGUGUUCCACACACCCAAGGGCUACUUCAGUGUUGGUUAACAUCUCCCAGCUAACAAGCUGUAGAUAUUUUUUAGGUUUCUAUUAUAAGCUGAUAUGAAGGUGUUUAUUUAGAGAUUCUAUUUUCCUUUAAUAAUAGUUGCAAGAAUAUGGUGCUUGAUGUGUUAUCUUGUUAAUGACUAUUUAGGUGAAUCUGUGAAAGUUCCAAUAUCUUUCCAGGUAGAUGAACAUAUUAGUAGUUGUAUAUAUAAAAAUCGCCUUUAUUCCAUAAUCAAACAUGCCAGAAACAGCAGGAAGGCGAGAUAUCUUAAAAGGAACAUGUUCAGGCAGAGGCUAUAGAAAGAAAAUUUGAGAACAGGAAUAAUUUUGGCUAGGAAGAAUUAGGUUAUAUUUAAGAUUCCUGCCAGAUUCUGCCUUGUUGGGUCUUAGCUGCCUGGGUUGGGUAUGGAUUUGGGGGUUAUUUUCAGAUGCCCAACAAUGCUUGUGACUGGAGCAGAAUGAAUUCUCUCCCCCACUCCUCUCUCAGAGACCCACAAAAUAACUGCCUGGCGUGAGGUGGGUCCGAGGAUGACAGCCACCAGCUAAUCACUCAGGCCGUCUUCUCAGAGCUGCCUCUCAGGAGCCUGGAAAAUUCUAUCAGUGCUGGGGGCUCAGCCCCUGAGAUUCUGAGUUACUUUGGUCCAGUGUGAAGCCCCGGCAUCGGUAUUUUCUCAGUUUCCCUAGAGGAGUCUUUGGUGUGGUAGGUGUUGAGAAAACUUGGGUGGGCUAGAAUAGUAAUCCCACAGGACCCCCUUCUGGGAACUCCAUAAACAUUUCUCCUCCUGGUUUCAGACACUUUAAGGCAGAGAACAUUAAGCCUGGGAAUCAUACAGCAACAUUGACUGUUCUAUGGAGUUUCCGGAGGACACACACACACACACACACACACUGUACACACACACACACACACACAUUCAUUCUAAAGUUCUUGUAUAGAAGAUGAUGCCAGUGAUGUUGAUGGUCACUCAUAUUUCAAAUGCUCCUCUUUCUUCCUAGAUGCUUGAAUUGUAAUCCCAAAGAGUGGUGGGAACCAGAGUGGGUUGAGGCCAGCAGGCAGGCUUUUUUGGACACUGGCACUGAACAAAGAAGUUCUGAUUGAUGCCCCCUCUCCAUGGGAGCCCCAUGGUAAUGCCCUGGUACUGUGCCUGUGUUCAUGGAAAAUCCACCCUGCUUAGUAGCUCCGACUCCUGUAGUGCUAUAGGUACCGUUUUUUUGCUUCCUUUUCUCUCCAAGUUCCCAGUCCAUUUAUUUCAAUGCUUGGCCCCUCUCUGACAUGCUGCCUUUCUGGGCCACUCUGCCCCCAUCAUAUCAGCUUUUCCAAGUUUCUUCACUCAUCGGCAAGCUUUUCCAGUCCUGGAGGGAUGUCUCUUGCCUGCUACCUUGCCCUUGCAUAUUCCCCUUUCCUUUAAACUCACUCCCCAACUGCUGCCACCAUGCUUUGAAGUGAGAGCACCCACAGUGGGGAUGCUGAAGGCUGAUUGGUGGGACUCUACUGUUACAAACACAACUGAAGGCCGAGGACCUACUGCAAGGCCUCACUGAGGCAACUUGCCUUUCAUUCACUUUUAAUCAAAUGUGUUGGGGUAUUCCCUGAGAUCUCCCCAGGGCCUGGCAGAGCUCUGUGAGUCUCUACCCUGGAGUUCCUGUGACACAUCCAUUCUUUCAGCAGCGCCGUGUAGAGGGCCUCUCGGAGGGGCUCUGGGCUUCUGCUUGUUCUGGUAUGCCAAGCUGGAUUAGGAGCCCGGAUGAGCAGGCUCUGCUGAUUUCUGACCCAAAUGAAUCACGGAAGAAUGUCUGCUGUGGGACCAGUUAAUGUAGAGAUGGAAAGAGUAUGUUCUAGAAUAGUGGUUUUCAGAUUAUGUGUUGCGGUCCCUCCGAGGCCCAUCUAGAGUUGUUGGGGGAGGAGAAACCUUUGGGAUUUAUGGUUGCCUCAUUCAGAGGAGUUCAAAUAUCUGUUUGAUAUAUUAGCAUUCCAGGUAAAAUUCCAUUUGGAGGGAGGAUUCAGGUCUGGGAAGAGCAAUAAAAAGUUAUUAGGGAGUGUAUACUAAAGCCUGUGUUUAGUGUUUGACUCUGACCAUGUGAGAUUUUAGAUCUAGGAAACCAACAUGCUGGUUUUGCUGGGGGCAGUCCUGGCUUAGACCUGUGGUCACUUUAGCCUUCAGAAGUGUUCCAGUUUGGGUAACAAAUUGUGUGGACACUCACUGCAGAUGUUAGAGCUAAGGAUCAGCCUUGCCUAGUACAGUAGCUAUCCAGACUAGGAGGUCCUAUCAGGACCAUUGUCAUAGAACUAAGGACUGGAGACAUUCAAGGUUACCUGCAGUCUAAGCUCCAGGGCAGUGUGACUUUUAUCUAAGCUCCAAGACAGUGUGACAGUGUUACUUUUAUUGUAACACUCUUAAAAGUGACACUAGGUCACUUACCCAGUGCUUUCCCUGCUUUUGACCAUACCACUGUCACUUUGAGUUGACCAGCGGACCAGCCAAAGAGCAUAUUUUUCAUUUUUAUUCAGGCUUGUAAUUACCUCCGCUUGUUGCCUUUCAAUUCCUCUUUCAUUCUCUCCUUUUAAAAAAUUCAACUUCCGAUUGGCCAUGAGACGGAGGCUGACCUUUGAUAACCUCUCAAGGGUAAUUGGUAUAUUUGUCUAUGAGUAGCUGCAUGAGAAAACCCCAAGUACACCCUGUAUUUAUUAAGCUGGAAGGCAUUUAAUAAAAUAUUAACAUUGUGUUUUGAAUUAUGAUCAUUGUCUACUUUGCUGGAACAAAAUGUAACAGAGCUAACAUUUAAAAUCCCUCACGUAUUUGGACACUAUACCAAAUUUUUAUUUUUUUACAGAAUUCUGGCUUGCUAUUUAAAAACUAAAGCUGCAAGUGUGUAGCCAUUCAAGUUGUGAAUAUUGCUUUCUACUUCAGUGAAAAGGCAGCUUACCUGGAAAUAACAUGUAACCCAUAUUUUGUUAAUUUAAGCAAAUAAACAUGUGUUUUAAAAAGCAAA